ACUUUAUAUCUAAAUAUAUCUAUUUUCAUACUGUAUCAAAUCUUAGUUAUUUUGUUGUUUAUUACAAUUAAUGAAGUUAACUAGAAAUUGUCACGAUUAUGUUUUGUUUAUAAACGUUAUUGAAAUCGUUUUCUUAAUUAUGGCCAAAGCAACCACUUGUAAAGAAGCUAUACAACGAUGGGAGGAAAAAACAGGUUUAAAUGCUAGUGAACAGACAGAAAUAAUUUUAUCUUUUCAGUGGCCUCCUAUUGAGAAGAUGGAUAAUAGUCUGGCUGCACUCGUUGCCGUAAAAAAACUAUCACUUUCGACGAAUAUGAUAGAAAAAAUCAGUGGUAUCAAUUCUCUAAAAAAUUUAAAAAUUUUAUCCUUGGGUCGCAAUUAUAUUAAAACGUUUUCUGGAUUAGAAGCAGUGGGAGAGCAUUUGGAGGAACUAUGGAUAUCCUACAACCUGAUUGAAAAAAUUAAAGGUGUUAAUGUUUUAAAAGCGCUUAAAGUACUUUACAUGUCUAAUAAUUUGGUAAAAGAUUGGGCAGAAUUUAAUCGUUUGCAAGAAAUACCGAAUCUUGAAGACCUAUUAUUUAUUAACAAUCCUAUUUGCGAAAAUAUGGAUGUGGAGUCGUGGCGCAGUCAAGCCACUAAAAGACUUCCAAAACUGAAAAAGCUCGAUGCUAUACCUAUCGUGUAAACUCAGUAAAAAACUGUAAAAUUCAUUAAAAAAUAUGUAUUUACAUAGUGUAGUGUACAUUUAUAA